UGGAAGCUGCUUGGCAACCUGAAGACCACAGUGGAAGGAUUGGUGUCCAUCAGCAACCCAAACGUCUGGUCCAAGUAUGGUGGGUUGGAACGGCUCUGCAGAGACAUGCACAGCAUCCUCUACCAUGGGCUCAUCCAUGACAAGGUGUGCUGCCGGCAGAAGGAUUACUGGCAGUUUGUGAAGGACAUUCGCUGGCUGAGUCCUGGCUCUGCUCAUCACCUGGAGAAGUUCAUCAGCCUGCAGGAGAGCAGCCAGCGUGACCCAGAGGGCCCAGGGGACCAGGCCAUCGCGCAGCUGUGGCUGCAGCAUAGCCUGCAGUGCCACUGCCUGUCGGCACAGCUGAAACCGCUCCUGGGGAACCGGCAGUACAUCAGGAAGUUCUAUGCAGACACUGCCUUCCUGCUCAGUGACGCCCACGUCACAGCCAUGCUGCAGUGCCUGGAAGCUGUUGAGCAGAACAACCCCAGGCUUCUGGCUCAGAUUGACACCUCCAUGCUGGCUGGCACGUCACUGCCAUCCCUGUGCGCGUCAGACCCUGCUGCUGGGACAAGAGAGAUGUGUGACCACAAUGCUGAAGGAAAUGAGAGCCGUCUGCCUGGAGCGCUAGGCUGCCUGGAUCAUUUCUCUGAGAGCCUGUUUACCAGGAAGAGUGACAAUCCGUCUCCAGUGACCAAGAGUCAGAGCUUGACUGCCCUCCCUGCAUCCCCGUAUGUCCCCACUGCCAGCUGCAUGCAGCAGCGCUGCUUUGGGUCCUUCUCCAGCCUGCACCAUCCAGCUCCUUCUGGCCUCACAGACAGGAGACCUGUGAACUCCUCUGUGAGCUCCAGCCAACUCCAGGAAUGCUGCCCGUCCACUCGGUCCUCUUCGUUCAGUGAGGGCAGGUCCCCUCUGGAGCAACCUGGCUCUGUCAGCCGUUUCCACAUCCCCUCAUCCAAAGACACUCCGGCCAGCGAGAUGAGCUCCAGCACCACCAGCCAGAGCGAGGACACUUGGACAGGGAGUCAGGAUGAUGCGCAGAGCGAUGUUAAUGAUGGGCCGGAGUACCUGGCUAUUGGGAACUUGGGACGCCGGGGCCGGGCAUGCAGCAAUGCCAGCACCAACAGCACUAAGAGCAGUAGCUCCAAACUCUUCUCCUCCAGCAGCUCCCAGAAGCUGGACUCGGUGUCAUCCCUGGGGGACCAGGGGGCAAGUGGAGGUGGAAGCAGGGGCCUGAGCCUGUUGCGCCGGUCCAGCUUCUCAGAGGGGCAGUCGUCAGCUCCACAGAGUAUCCUCAAGAAGAGCCACGUGCGCUCACACUCCGACACCAACGUGACUUCGGGGAAGUUGCACGGAGGCCUCAGGGAUAUCACCAUUAUAAUAGAAGAUCCAGUGGCAGAGUCCCAUGGUGAUCCAAGUGGAGGGAGAGGGCCGGUCUCUGCUUCCACCCAGAGCAGUGAACUGAGCACACCCAGCUCCCUCUACAUGGAGUAUGACUCUGGACAGUACCUGAGCUCAGGGGAAGGGAUGUUUAGGAGACCCUCAGAAGGACAGUCCCUCAUCAGCUACCUCUCUGAGCAGGACUUUGGCAGCUGUGCAGACCUAGAGAAGGAGAAUGCCCACUUCAGCAUCUCAGAGUCCCUGAUUGCUGCCAUUGAGCUGAUGAAAUGCAACAUGAUGAGCCGACAGCUGGAGGAGGAGGAGGAGGAGGACAGCGACAAGGAGAUCCAGGAGCUUAAACAAAAGAUUCGUAUUCGGCGCCAGCAGAUCCGCACCAGGCACCUCUUCCCUACCUGUCAGGAGAUGGGCUCAGACAGUCUUGUGGCGACAGACAGCGGGUCCCAGUUCAGCUCCCACGGCUCCAUGCGGCUCUCUGACUCUGGCUCUGCAGAGGAUGUGGAAGAGUACGAGAUCCGAGAUGCAGACAUCAAGAGGAACCCAGAGUCCAGCAGGAAGUCCUUUCUCUCCUCGGAGUCCAUAUCCUACUCCUUCCUCAGUUCCAACUCGGCAGAGGCCGUGGCCAUGGGCUUGCUGAAGCAGUUCGAGGGCAUGCAGCUCCCAGCUGCCUCUGAAUUGGAGUGGCUGGUCCCUGAGCAUGAUGCCCCUCAGAAGCUCCUGCCCAUCCCUGACUCUCUGCCUAUCUCUCCCGAUGAUGGAGAACAUGCCGACAUCUACAAGCUGCGGAUUCGGGUGCGCGGAAACCUGGAGUGGGCCCCACCACGACCACAGAUCAUCUUCAACGUUCACCCAGCCCCAACGAGGAAGGUGGCUGUGGCCAAGCAGAAUUACCGCUGUGCAGGCUGUGGCAUCCGGACUGAUCCUGAUUACAUCAAGCGGCUGCGAUACUGUGAGUACCUGGGGAAAUACUUCUGCCAGUGCUGCCACGAGAAUGCCCAGAUGGUCAUCCCCAGCCGCAUCCUGCGCAAGUGGGACUUCAGCAAGUACUACGUGAGCAACUUCUCCAAAGACCUGCUGAGCAAGAUCUGGAGUGACCCGCUCUUCAACGUGCAGGAUAUCAAUCCUGCCCUGUACCGGAAAGUGAAGGCUCUCAACCAAGUGUGGCUGCUGCGAAUCCAGCUCUUCCACAUGAAGAACAUGUUUAAGACGUGCCGACUAGCUAAAGACCUUCUGGACUCCUUUGACAUGGUGCCUGGCCACUUGACAGAGGAUUUGCACCUCUACUCGCUGAAUGACCUCAGUGCCACAAAGAAAGGGGACCUGGUGCCUCGCUUGACAGAGCUCCUGAAGGCAGGCAGCAUGCACGUUGAGAAGUGCAUGCUGUGCCAAGCCAAAGGCUUCAUCUGUGAGUUCUGCCAGAAUGAGGAUGACAUCAUCUUCCCCUUUGAGCUGAACAAGUGCAAGACAUGUGAAGAGUGCAAGGCCUGCUACCACAAAUCCUGCUUCAAAUCCACCCGCUGUCCCCGCUGUGAGCGGCUUCAAGCCCGGAGAGAGCUGAUGGCCAAGCAGAGCAUGGAGUCCUACAUCUCGGACUAUGAAGAUGAGCUGGAGCAGCCAGAGGCAGUGGCAGCCACAUGA